AUGAUAAUUUUUCUUUCCCCAAUUUUGAUUCUUGCUACUUUCGCAACUCAAUUUCCUGAAGAUUUCGCAUGGGGUACAGGAAUUGCUGCUUUUCAAGUUGAAGGUGCAUGGAAUGAGUCUGGAAAAGGUAUGAGUAUGUGGGAUUACUUCCAGGAGUUCCCUGGACGCAUCAGAAAUAACUAUAAUGCAAAAGUGGCAGCUGAUUUUUAUCACAGAUAUCCAGAGGAUAUUGAGCUAAUGAAAAAGCUUGGUUAAAAGGUUAAAAAUGUUACACGGCCAUAAGCGGCACCCACUAGCCAGGCUACCUUAACACCAGAAAGGUGGCUGGUGCGUAUACACUAGAGUGUAAAUGGUUAAGGAUCAACCAAAUUACACUCUCUUGAAUUUUCUGGCAAAAUCACCUAACUUAAGGAUUAACUCCCUAGACUAGAGCCAUUCUCUGUCAGGUGUCCCAAUAGCCCUGAUAGAUGAAGACAAAUGUGUUAGGGAAAAUCUGUCUAGCCCACAUGGUAGAGACAGGAAAGCCUCCAAACUUCCUUCUUCGGCAAGACAUUCCCAAGCCCGAACACCUACUUCAAAAAAGAUAAACAGGCCCUGUUUUCAGCUUCAUCAGGACGGGCCCUACCUGUUUCAUAAGGAGCGCGUUUCGAAGUCCUAUUUCCGUCAAAAUUACCAUUUUUAUUCCUGCAAAAGCUAGGAAUCAAACAUUUGAGGCUUUCUAUUUCUUGGCCACGAAUUCUUCCUACAGGAUUAAUCGACUCUCCAAAUCCAGAAGGCGUGAAGUUCUAUCGGAAUUUAUUUGGUGCUUUACUAAAUGCAGGGAUUACUCCAUAUGUUACUCUUUAUCAUUGGGAUUUACCUCAGACUUUUAAUAAUUUUACUGACAAAAGCACUUGGCUUAACAAGGACAUUGUAUUUAAAUUCAAUGAUUAUGCAGAUUUUUGCUUUAAAAAUUUUGGAGAUCAGGUGAAAUUUUGGAUCACUUUUAACGAAAUCAAGGUCAUGGCUUGGGUAGGCUAUGGAACUGGGCUUCAUGCUCCAGGGAGAUGCAGCCCAAAUUUUGGUUCAUGGUGUAAGGAAAUAGGAGGAGGCGGAAAUUCAAGCACUGAGCCUUAUAUAGUAGCUCAUCAUGCUUUUUUGGCUCAUGGUUACGCUGUUAAAACAUAUAGGGAAAAAUAUCAAAAGCUUCAAGGAGGAAAAAUUGGAAUGGCAUCUAGUAGCACAUUUGCUCUGCCUUAUGAUAACCAAAAUAUAGAUGAUAUUAACGCAGCUCACAGAGCAGUAGCUUUUCAAUUUGGCUGGCUAACUGAUCCAAUAGCCUUCGGAAGAUAUCCUGAGGAAAUGUCAUCUAUAAUUACUGGUAACAGACUCCCGAAUUUCACUGAAAGCGAAAGUGAAAUGCUAAAAGGCUCUUAUGACUUUUUAGGAUUUAAUUAUUAUACAACCCAGUAUGCACAACACACUGGAAUUCCAGGGAUUAAUUAUAUUAGCGAUCCAAGAAUUAAAACCAGUGCUUUUAAUAAAACAGGAAAUUUAAUAGGCCCAUUCACAAACUCUUGGUGGGUCAAUGCGUAUGCGCCUGGAUUUAGAGAUCAUUUGAACUGGAUAAAAAAAAGAUAUAAUGAUCCUGAUAUUUAUAUACUUGAAAAUGGGAUCAGUUGUUGGGGAGAGCAUAACGCUUCAAUCGAGACAGGUCUAAAUGAUGCAUGCAGAGUAAACUAUGUAUUGCAAAUAGUCUUUUUUAGAUUCUCUAUGAAAAAUUCCCCCAAAGGAAAAACGUCUUUGGCAUUAUGAUUUUUAUGAACAAGCCAGUUAAGUUUGAUCUCUACUCAAAUUUUCCUGCUAUGUAUUUGAUUCGUGAGAAAAUAUAUUAUUGCCAAAGCUCUUUUACCUUUUUGGGACAUUUUUUCUAAAGGCUUUAAAUGAUUGCACUCAAUAUACAUGAAUAUAUCAUGAGCAUGAUUGAUGCCAUUGUCUUGGAUAAGAUUAAAGUUAAAGGAUAUUUCUUGUGGUCACUUAUAGAUAACUUUGAGUGGGCUGAUGGUUUUGAUGGGAAGUUUGGGAUUACUUAUGUAGAUUAUGCAGGAAAUUUAACAAGAACAGUAAAAAAUUCUGGAUAUAUGUACAAAGCUCUGCUUGAAAAACUAGGCUCAAGUUCUUUAGAAGAGGUUAAGCAGAUAUUACCAGCAAAUCUUGUUGACAUUGGUAAAGCUAGGAGUAAAUAA